AUGACCAAGGAGUAUCAGGACCUGCAGCAUCUGGACAAUGAGGAGAGUGACCACCAUCAGCUCGGAAAAGGGUCGCGCACCGCCCGCAUUUUUUCAUGGCCACCUCCUCCGCAGUCCCUCCUGCGGCGCCUCUGCUCCGGCCCUCGCCUCCUCCUGCUCUCCCUGGGCCUCAGCCUCCUGCUGCUGGUGGUUGUCUGUGUGAUCGGAUCCCAAAGUGGGUGCCCCAGGGGUGGGCAGGGAAGGGGGCAACAUUGGGGGGUGUUGACGGGGUACCGUGGCGAAGGAGUGGUGGGUGCGGUGGUGGUGGACACAGCGCUCCCAUUUUGUUCUCUCUGCACCCUCUCCUGGCCAGACGCCCAGCUGCAGCAGGAGCUGCGGGGCCUGAGAGAGACGUUCAGCAACUUCACAGCGAGCACCGAGGCCCAGGUCAAGGGCUUGAGCACCCAGGGAGGCAAUGUGGGAAGAAAGAUGAAGUCGCUGGAGUCCCAGCUGGAGAAACAGCAGAAGGACCUGAGUGAAGAUCACUCCAGCCUGCUGCUGCACGUGAAGCAGUUCGUGUCUGACCUGCGGAGCCUGAGCUGUCAGAUGGCGGCGCUCCAGGGCAAUGGCUCAGAAAGGGCCUGCUGCCCAGUCAACUGGGUGGAGCACGAGCGCAGCUGCUACUGGUUCUCUCGCUCCGGGAAGGCCUGGGCCGACGCCGACAACUACUGCCGGCUGGAGGACGCGCACCUGGUGGUGGUCACGUCCUGGGAGGAGCAGAAAUUUGUCCAGCACCACAUAGGUCCCGUGAACACCUGGAUGGGCCUCCACGACCAAAAUGGGCCCUGGAAGUGGGUGGACGGGACGGACUACGAGACGGGCUUCAAGAACUGGAGACCGGAGCAGCCGGACGACUGGUACGGCCACGGGCUCGGGGGAGGGGAGGACUGUGCCCACUUCACCGACGACGGCCGCUGGAACGACGACGUCUGCCAGAGGCCCUACCGCUGGGUCUGCGAGACAGAGCUGGACAAGGCCAGUCAGGAGCCACCUCUCCUGUAAUUUAUUUCUUCAAUGCCUCGACCUGCCGCAGGGGUCCGGGGUUGGGAAUCCGCCCAUCUGGGGGCCUCUUCUGCUUUCUCGGGGAUUUUCAUGUAGGAUUUUAAGGGAAGGGGAAGGAUAGGGUGAUGUUCGGAAGGUGGGGGGCUUGAAAUCCGUGGCGCUUUCUGCAGUUUCCACGUUAUCAUUGUCAACUUUUUUUUUUUUUUUUAGAGUAAAAAGAAAUAUACCUAAA